GCAACUUUGUCAGUAUUCAUUCUCCUGAUUUUCACAGACUCAGAGCUGUCUAGUUGUCAAGGUCACAUUCUAUCAAGGCUGUAACCAAUCAGGCCGGUAAGGCGGGUUUGGUUUGGCCAACAUCUAUUUUUGUGUUUGUCAUUAAAAAGCAAGUAGUGACAGAGAAACCCUACCAGGACGAUGGCGGUCAAUCAGUUUUCUGUGUGUUUUUUGGUCCUGAACUUCUUGUGGACUUCUAGCAGAGGAGAUGUUGAGCACGUCUGUGAUGUAAAGGAGCAGUGCAUCUUACCGUGCACUUUUGAGGUUGGUGACGAAGUCGUCAUCCACUGGAUUCUGCCUGGAAACAUUCAGGUCCACUCGUACUACCACAACAAAGACCAGUUCGGACUCCAGGACCAGCGCUUUAGUGGCAGAACGUCACUGUUCAACGACCAAAUCGCCAAAGGAAACGCCUCACUGCAGCUGACAGGGGUGACACUUCAAGAUGAGGGCAGAUAUAAAUGCUACACCAGCACCAUCAGCAAAAAUAAGGAGUCAUUUAUCAACCUAAAAGUGGAAGCUCCAGUCCGUAAAGUCAACAUUCAGCUGGCAGGAAACAACAUCACCUGCAGCUCAGAGGGGAUCUACCCUGAACCUAAGCUCACCUGGUCCACCACACCUCCAUCCAACAUGAACCCCGACAACACACCCACAGUCCAGCAGAAUGAAAUGCAGCUUUACAGCAUCAGUAGUUCUCUGGUCCUCUCAGAUAGUGAUGCUGAUGUGGUCUACAGCUGCACUGUCAGCACCUCAACGAACAGGAGGAUAGCCACUCUGUCUAAAACAACAUCUUCUAGUGGAUCAAGCUCUGAAACAAAACUCACCUGCGGUACCUCAAAAACUCCUCAGAUGGACCUCAUCUGGAGAUUCAACCACAGUCAGACUAUCGUGGACUGGAAAAGGACUAGUAGCAGUUACACAGUCUCAGAGGGGUGGAGGCAGCAGGUGAAGGAUGUCUCAGACUCAGGAGACAUCACACUGAAGAACGUAUCUUCAGAUCAGGAGGGAAUAUACACCUGUGAACUCAGUGAUGCUGAGGUGACAUCAAGCACUAUUCUUAAACUUAAAGAAGAGACAAAACCUCAUGCCGUAGGCAUUGUUGUAGGAGUGUUAGUGAUGGCUGGAGUAAUUGUGACUGCAGUUUCAAUAUUUGUGUUCUGCUGUAAACGACCCAAGCAUAAACAUGUCCCCCAACAGGAGUCUGCCACCAUCCAGCUGUGGUUUCACUUCCAGUCAGAUACUGAGGUGUCCUGCGUUUUUACGGAGAGAUGCAUCUUACCGUGCAGCUUCCAGAUCGCUCCUCAAGUCGUCAUCCACUGGACUCAUUUGGAAGCAGGACUUGGUGUCCACUCGUACUACGACAACCAAGACCAGCUUCAAAAUCAGCACCAUAUCUACAGAAACAGGACGUCACUGUUCAAGGCCCAGAUCCCCAGAGGAAACGCCUCACUGCAGCUGACAGGAGUGAAGGUUCAGGAUGAAGGCAGAUAUCAGUGCUUCAUCAGCACCAUCAAUGGAAACAAGGAUUCUUUUAUCAAUGUAAAAGUGGACGCUCCAGUCCAUAAAAUCAACAUCCAGCAGGUAGAAAACAGGAUCACCUGCAGCUCAGAGGGGAUCUACCCUGAACCUGAGCUCACCUGGUCUACCACACCUCCAUCCAACAUGGACCCCCACAACACACCCACAGUCCAGCAGAAUGAAAUGCAGCUUUACAGCAUCAGUAGUUCUCUGAUCCUCUCACACAGUGAUACUGAUCUGGUCCACAUCUGCACCGUCAGCACUCCAACAAACAGGAAGAGAGCUGCUUGGAGGAAACUCGCUCCUAUCAAUGGAUCAACAACUGAAACAAUCAUCAGCUGCGCUGCCUCAAACUUUUCCUCCUCAGACCUCGUUUGGAGAUUCAACCACCUUCAGAUGAUCCUGAACCAGAGCAGGACUGAUGGCAGAUCCACAGUCUCAGAGGAGUGGAGGCAGCAGGUGAAGGAUGUGUCAAAGUCAGGAGACAUCACACUGCAGGACUUAUCUUCAGAGCAGGAGGGAAUCUACACCUGUGAACUCAGUAAUGCUGAGGAGAUGCUGAUAACUGACACCUCUGUGAAGAUAAGUGGAGGGAAUUCAGUCAAUGUUGGAGGAAUCAUAGGUGGAGUGAUCGGAGCUGUUUUGGUUUUAACAGCAGCAGCAGUCGGUCUGUUACUGUACUAUAAAAAGAAAAAAGGUCAACAAGAAAACGGCACAAGAAGAUCAAGCGGUGCAGAAACCAUGUCUACUAACUUUGAAGACACCUGAACAACAGUUAAACGUCCAUCAGAUGAAUUUCACUCCAGUUUGGAACUAUGAGGUUUGUCUGUACUGAUGUGAGCUUGAACAAAUUCUGGAGAAGAACUAUAAACAAAAGGGGUUCAAGAAAAAUGAACCUUUGCACAAAUAACCGAAGGACUAAAUUUGAAGGGUUUGUGAGUUUGAACAGAAAUAUUGAAGCAGAGCUUUAAGACUGUGAAUUGUAUGUAUGUUGCUGCCCUCUGGUGGCGCAAUUGUGAAAAAAGAUGUAUAUAAUAAAAAACGAUGUGAAACGACA